AAAAAAAGCAUGCAGAACAAGACGAAUAGAUCGAAACGUUCAUUGCCUCCAUAUAUUGGAACUAAAAGCUAUGCGAGACUUAGACACGAAAUGGCGGAGAAAAAAGAUGGAAAAACUCCUUCUCGUGUUGAAAUUUUCAUGGAAUCUCGCAAGAGAAAAAAAGGAAAACAAGUUGAUGCUUUUCAACAAAAUGCUAUUGAUCAAUUUGGCCAAUUUAAAAAGCAGCAAGAAAAAGGAGAAAUUUCUUUAAAUGAUGAUGAUAUCUUCGAAAAAGUACUUGGGGCAGAAAAAAAUGGAUAUCUUCGUGCAUAUGGCCCAGGAAAAAAUAUUAGUGAAUAUUUCGGGGGUAGACCAACGAAGGUACAACUCAUAAAGCAAUUAGAAUCGACAAGAAAAGAAUCGAACGAGCGUGUGGAAGAAGUUAAAAGGGAAGCUAAGGAGCAAAUAAGGGAAGCUAAGGAGCAAAUUGAAGAAAUGAAGAAAGAAACGGAUAAUAAGAUAGCAAAGUUGGAGAAACAAUGGGCAGCAAAAUUUCAAAUGUUGGUUGCAGCUCAAGGCCGACAAUCAAAUGAUGCAAAUCUAACCCUUGUGGAGUAGUGAUGGAAGCAUCAAAAUCGAUGGGGACAUGAAGAAUUAUUUUUUCUCUUGCAAAAGUAUAUUGAUAUGUUUGAAUAAAGUGAUGUUUCACUAUUUUGGAUGACAUUGUUGAACCUUUGUUACAUCUUUUUUCUAAUAUAUUGCAUUUAUUACACGAUUGAAGAUAUAUUGCUACGAUAUUGUCUAUAAAUUUCAUGUUGAAAAUGAA